UCCAGACGCUCCCGGGGGGGCUGCUGGGCUCCUGCCAAUGCAGGUGGAGCGGGAGCAGGAGCUGCACGGCCGCCUGCACCACCGGCACAUUGCCUGCCUCCAUGGGCACUUCGCUGACCAGCGCCACGUCUACCUGCUGCUGGAGUACUGCAGCCGGAGGUCCCUCGCUGACAUCCUGUGGGCCCGGGGGAGGCUGACGGAGCCGGAGGUGAGAUACUACCUGCUGCAGGUCAUCUCAGGGCUGCGCUACCUCCACGGAGAGGGCAUCGUCCACCGGGACCUCAAGCUGAGCAACUUCUUGGUGACCAAGAAGAUGCAGGUGAAGAUCGGGGACCUGGGGCUGGCGCGGCUGAAGGCUCCGGCUGGUCAACGCUGGGGGGCGCUCUGUGGGACACCCAGCUUCCUGGCCCCGGAGGUGUUGGACCGCAAGGGACACGGGGUGCCCUCGGAUGUGUGGGCCCUGGGCUGUGCCAUGUACAUGGCGCUGACAGGGAGCCCCCCAUUUGAGGCGGCUCAGCGGCAGGAGCUCUUCUGCCACAUCCGGGCUGCCCGGUACCCGCAGCCGAGCCGGCUCUCAGCCCAUGCCCAGGCUCUCAUCGCCCGCCUGCUGGCCCCCGAGCCCGCAGCACGGCCCAGCCUGCAGGAUGUGCUGGACCACGGCUUCUUCACCCAGGGCUUCACACCCCAGAGGCUGCCAGCCCGCGCCUGCCACUCGGUGCCCAUCUUCCUGGCACAGGCCCUGCCGUGCAGGCUGCGGCGGCGGCUGUGCCAGGAGCACCAGGGAGCACGGCGCUGCCACCCUGGAACACCGCUGCCUCGCCACCACGAAGGAGCAGGACCUGAGCCAUGCAAACACCCGCUUAGGAAAACCUUUAUUAGUGUUAGGAACUGUCUAAAAUCCAGUCAUUGA